AUGAGGCCCAAUUGGGAACUCACUAACUGCUGCAACCAUGAGCAAGUGGUCUUUCUCAUUACCGUUUCUGUCUGCACUGUCGUUAUACUUGCGCUGUGGAGGACAAUACUGCUGAGACCAUUUAAGCUUGUCACUGUGUUUCUUCACGAGGCGAGCCAUGCUAUUGCUUGUAAACUUACAUGUGGUCAUGUGGAAGGGAUUCAAGUUCAUGCAGAUGAGGGUGGAACCACACAAACCCGUGGUGGUGUAUACUGGUUGAUUUUGCCAGCUGGAUAUCUUGGUUCAUCCUUUUGGGGGAUGCUAUUGAUUCUUGCAUCUACAAAUCUUCUUACUGCACGAAUAGCUGCUGGGUGUUUUAUUGCUGCUCUGCUGGUUGUACUGUUUAUAGCUAAAAAUUGGACACUUCGAGGACUUUGUAUAGGAUUCAUUCUUUUCCUCGGUAUAAUUUGGGUUCUGCAAGAAACAACAAAAGUUCGUAUACUUCGAUAUAUUAUUCUGUUCACUGGUGUAAUGAACUCCUUGUUUUCGGUCUAUGAUAUCUAUGAUGAUCUUAUAUCCCGUAGAGUUCAUUCUAGUGAUGCUGAGAAAUUCGCAGAAGAGUGUCCUUGCUGUACUGGUUGUGGAUGGGGUGUCAUUUGGUGA